AUGCCCAUCAAUACACGUAGCCGUAAAACAACCCCACCUGGAGCAGUCAACCUCCGCAAACUCAAACGGCGUAAGCAGUCGGAAGCUGAAAGAGAUGAAGCUGAAUCUCAACGUCGUAGGGAUCUAGAGACUCAAACUUCAAAUCAAACUCAAUCCAACACCCAUUCAUCGAAUCAGCCUCACAAUCAGUCUCAAUCUCAACAGUCACCAUCUGAUGCGCUUGAAUUAGAAGAAAUUGAUGUCCACAACUAUGGACAUCAGAAGAAAUUCUGGCCGUUGCAAAGAAUUGAGGAGAAACUGAAGGCACAGACCACUGAUAAUAAGUCUCGACCUCCUCCCCUCAUCCUGGCUGAAGCAAAGGCAAUUCAUGAAGCUUUUCAACACUCGCUUCACAUGCUCGCAAUGAUUGGCCAAGUUCACCUCACCACGUUGAAAUUACAUCUCGGUAUUGUGGGUGGAACCCGGGCUACAAAUGCAUGGAAUCGAUUCCUAGCCUUUUCAAAGUUGGCUUACAAAAACCCUAUGCCCCUGCGGGGAGCUCCUGACGCUGGUUCUGUUCUAACCACGCGAAACCAGGCCAAUCGUAAAGAAUACGACAAUUUGACCGACGACGAAUAUGCCAUCUUCACUUCCCGAAUCUUCCACGCCUUGGGAGGGUAUCCGGACUAUUCAGCAAUCAGUGUGGAAGAUCAUGAGACUGCCGGAGACUGUGAAGUCCUGAUCCCCGAGGUUCCCACGCUUUCACCGGAAGAGGAAGCGCUGUAUCGUCCUAUAUACAACAAGCUGGUUGAUUCGGCAAAGGUAGCCAAAGAUCGUGCAAGAUUCAAGAGUCCUUCACCCGAGAAAAAAGAAAGGCUCUCCCUUCGAGCGUUCAAGAAGAGAGUUCAACAGCUUCACCAUGAUGCCGCUCUGGCCGACUUCGAUUACUACGCAAUCGGGUGUAGCAAGACCUUGGGGACCGGUUGGUGUCAAGAAUUUACUUCUUUACCCGAAAUCAGCACCUGGAUGGAUGAGCGGAUCAAAUUUCAGACUAUCUUUCCAAUCUACUCCCAAGCCAGACCCAAAAUCAAGGAAAUUGAAGCAGCUGGCACGGCAAGCAACAAUACCAUUACAAACAAAUUUAGUCGUCCUCCAAAUAAGUCGGACCGUGAAAGUACCGAGCUCACAAGUUUGUUGCUAGCACAGCUAAAGGCACUUGGCGUUACUCUCCCUACUAGAGGUUUUCCACGAGGUCCAGAUCUGCCAGCUUUGUUUGAAAAACACAAGGUCGAUGUGAAAUUUGUUCGCCAUUCAGAAUCAGCGAUGUCUAUCAGUGAGUUUAUGCUAGGAUUUGAUGGCAUGAAAACCCUUGGUCGGAGACAUUGGCUUCAAGAUAUAAAGGAUAUGAAAUUUAUGAUGGUCAAGAAGGACUCACCUGUGACUGAGUCUUGGUCGGUUUUGGGAGGCGAAAUUCAACAGGCCGCUGAUGGUGGUAAUGGAGUUGGACCUGGACCUGGUGGUGAUGGUGGCGGAGUUGGAACGGGUGGUGGAGAUGGUAAUACAGAUGGAGCUGGUGGAGGACUCGGACCUGGUGUUGAUGGUGAAGAAGCUACACCUGGUGGAGGAGUUGGACUCGGCAGUGAUGGUGGCGGAGUGGGAACUGGUGGAGGAGUUGAAACUGGUGGUAAUGGUGGCGGAGUUGGAACUGGUGGAGAUGGUAACGGCGGUGAUGGUGAAACAGGUAAUAAUUGUGUUCAUUUGUAG